AUCACUUUCAUAUGACUGAUCUCCAUAAACACAAAACUCUGUGAGAGAUCAGAGAGAAGAGAGAUGAUAAGUGGAAAUGAUUUCUACAAUGUCAUGUGUGCGAUGGUUCCUCUAUAUUUUGCAAUGCUGGUAGCAUACAGCUCAGUGAAAUGGUGGAAGAUAUUCACGCCGGAGCAGUGCUCCGGUAUAAACCGGUUCGUCGCCGUGUUCGCGGUUCCGGUGCUGUCGUUCCACUUCAUAUCUCAGAACAAUCCGUACCAAAUGGACACCAAGUUCAUACUGGCCGACACGUUUUCUAAGGUUCUAGUCCUUGUUUCGCUGUCGGUGUGGGCUAUCUUCUUUAGAGGUGGGUUGGAUUGGCUGAUCACUCUUUUCUCGGUUGCCACCUUGCCCAACACGCUUGUCAUGGGCAUUCCUUUGCUUCAAGCCAUGUACGGGGAUUUCACUCAGAGCCUCAUGGUGCAACUGGUUGUGCUUCAAUGCAUCAUUUGGUACACACUCUUGCUCUUCCUCUUCGAAUACAGAGCCGCCACCCUCCUAAUCCAAACGCAGUUUCCAGGAUCCGCCGCUGCCACCAUAUCCAAGUUCGAGCUUGAUGACGACGUGAUCUCCCUCGACGGACGUGAUCCUCUACGCACCGAGUCCGAGCUCGACCCCAACGGCCGGACCAUCAGGGUGCGCAUCCGACGGUCCACGUCCUCCGCCGCUGACAACCACUCAACGCUCUCCCCUUCCAUAAUCAUCACCCCGAGAGCCUCCAACCUCUCCAACGCCGAAAUCUUCUCCGUCAACACCCCUCCACCGCUACUCCCACAUGACAUCGCAUUCGGGAACGCAGAGCUCGCCCUCGGCUACCGCUCGGCGAGCCCUCGGCAAUCUGGGUACGCGUCUUCGGACGCCUACUCGCUCCAGCCUACUCCACGCGCCUCGAACUUCAACGAGCUGGAAACUACCACGGCCACCACGGCGGCGAACACGCCUGUAUGGUCGAGGUCCCCAGUGGCCGGUAGGGUUUUUCGGCAGCCGUCUCCUGCUUUCUCAGGGGUGAAGAUGAUGUGGGACUCGCCGGGAAAGUUUGCUCAGGGAGAGAGACAAGGGUGCAAGGAUGUCAUGGGUGCAGGGAAAGAAAUUAGCUUCAGAGACAGCACCAAAAUUCAAAUGCCGGAGGAGGAGGCCGCCGGUGGUCAGGAAAUGCCACAUGCCUUUGUCAUCCUCAGGCUUAUACUCAUCGUGGUUGGACGGAAGCUUUCUCGCAACCCAAACACAUACUCAAGUGUGUUAGGCCUUUUGUGGUCUCUAAUCUCGUUCAAAUGGAAUGUAGGGAUGCCGAGUUUGGUGAAAUACUCGAUAAAAAUAAUCUCAGAUGCUGGUCUUGGGAUGGCAAUGUUUAGCUUAGGGUUGUUCAUGGCCCUCCAGCCACGGAUUAUUGCUUGUGGGACAAAAAGGGCAACAAUGGGGAUGGUGAUCCGGUUCCUUUGUGGACCCAUAUUAAUGUCAGCUGCAUCGGUUGCUGUUGGAUUAAGAGGUGAAAAACUACAUGCUGCCAUUGUACAGGCAGCUCUUCCACAAGGGAUUGUACCAUUUGUCUUUGCAAGGGAAUAUGGAUUGCACCCCGACAUUUUGAGUACAGGGGUUAUCUUUGGAAUGCUAGUUUCAUUACCUGUAACCCUCCUCUACUACAUCUUUCUAGGCCUAUGAAAAGAGAGCAAAAAAGAAAAAAAAAAAAAGAGGAUUAAGAAGUUGGUGCGUUUUCAAUAAAGCAUGGAGCAUCCAAAGUAUAAUGCCCCUAGCUAGUAGCAUGGAGUUCAACGACAACUAUUAUGUCCCUACGAUGUCGUCCUAGCUAGCCGACCAUUUAUGUCCAUGGUCGGCCUCAUUAUGUUGGAUCUGGCCAACAUAUAUAUGACAUGUCAUCAUCAUUAACGGUAUUGAUCACAGGGCUAGCCUUCCGUUAUUGUAAACGCUUUGAGAAUGUUGACUUGGUUAGGGUGGAUAAUGAUAUUUAUCAAAAGCCAAAAAGUUAGGGUCAAAUUAGAAUGUGACAGGAUGAUAUUUAGGGUUUUCAUUACGUUUCAUGCUAUCCUAGUACAUGUAUUAGUGGUAGCCGAAAGGGAAAGGGAGUAUCAUGACAUAUGAUUAAGGUAGGAGCCUUAUUUUCUUGUUGGGGGUGGGUAAAGUUGUGGCAACCAAGCAUGUUUGACUAGAGAGGAAAAAAGGAAAAUUAAUGUCAUCUCAGCUUCUGUUUUUGU